AGAAAAUUAGAGCUGACGGUCGUGUCAUGAUUGAUAUUCAAAGUUUUUCAACUAUGAAUCCCGAUUAUCCAAUGGACGAUGACAAACCGCCAAAUAAAUGUGAUAUUAAAAUGUUUAAAGAAAAGGACACUUAUCUCAAAACUGAUGACCUUGAUAAAGAUGAAAGCCAUUUCCUCGCUCCUGCUGUAGUAUAUGGAUUUAGUUUUACUAUAAAGGAAUGGGGCUUGUUCGAAGUCUCCAAAUUUUCGGAUAUUAUUUUUGAUUCUGAUGCUCUAGAUCAUAUUGUAAUGCCUCAAAAUAAGAAAAAUAUGCUUGAAGGGUUAGUGAGUCAAUAUCGUGAUCCAGCCCAUACAAUUAACGGACUUGUAAAUGGUGUAAAUGGUGUAAAUGGUAUAAAAAUGCCAGAGAAAUCUUUAGAUCCCAUUACCAAUAAGGGUAAUGGAUGCAUUUUCUUAUGCUAUGGUCCACCUGGUACCGGAAAAACUUUGACGGCUCAAAGUGUAGCCGAGUAUCUAAAACUACCAUUAUGGAUACUUACAGUACGUGAACUUGGAUCAACUCCUGAAUUACUAGAAAGAGAGUUAGUCAAAGUUCUAGAUAUUGCUUAUACAUGGAAGGCUGUCAUUUUACUCGAUGAAGCCGAUAUUUACCUCGAAAAACGUAACACGAUUGAUCUUGUUCGUAAUACAAUGGUUGGAAUAUUUUUGCGUGUCAUUUUCUUGACAACAAAUCGGGUUAUAAGCUUUGAUGAUGCGCGUGCCGAUCUGCCUCUCAAUGCUGAUGAUUUUGCUGAUUACGAUUUGAAUGGUCGUGAGAUCCGUAAUGUUCUUCACGCUGCACGAUUGUUGGCUAAGAAUAAAGGUAAAACGUUGUCUGCAGAAAACGUAAUUGAUGUUAUAAGCAUUGUUCAAGAAUUUAAGCAAGAAACUAGUGAAAUGAGUGAAGAUUGA